GUUCCUUCUGAAGAUGGCGGCGAUGAAACAUUUGCGGAAAGCGUGCGCGCCCGCCGUAUUUACUCCUUCUUUAAUACUCAGAAGGUUGGCGACUAUCGUUCCCAGUGUCUCUCAAGUAGAUAAUUCUUCAAAUUUCCUGAACAAAGUUCCUCACCGAAAACACCCAGGCAUCCUCCAUCUCAAAUGUGUGCACCUUCCGCCUGAGUUAGUGGAAGCAGUUUCCUUUUGGGUGGCCCAAUCCCCUAUACGCAAUUUGGAGAAGAAAUCCCAGUCCUUUAGCAACUACCUGUGGAGCCGCAAACGCCCGGUAGAGUUGAAGGAUCUGCGUAGAAAAGCACAGCUCUUGGAGCAGAAGCUGAGGAAGGAUGCAGAAGUCCAAGCCCAGCAGAAAGUGCCUCCACGUAAAAGAGAGGAGGAGCUGAAGGAAGAAGUCUUGACUGCUGUUCGUAAAACGACUUACCACUGGGAAGAGUUAAAUUACACCAAAGAGCUCAGCUUUCUGUACAUGGUCGCCCGGAUGGAUGCAAUCUUUGCGGCAGUGAGCCGAGCUUUCUGCGAAAUCCAGAAGCGAGUCCCAGACUUCCAGCCCAAAACUUUGCUGGAUUUUGGCUCAGGUACCGGUGCUGCCAGCUGGGCAGCCCACAGCAUCUGGGGGGAAAGCUUGAAAGAAUACAUGAAUAUUGAUCGCUCUGCUCCCAUGCUGGCCCUGGCAGAGAAGCUGAUGAGAGGCUUCUCUGAAUCCCAGGAACUCUGCUUUCCCGGUGUCUACUUCAGGCAGUUUUUCCCUGUUGGGCCGAAGAUGACGUUUGAUAUCACGGUAUCCGCUUUCUCUCUCAACGACCUGCCAAGCUAUGCUCAGAGAGUGGAGACAGUGCAAAAUCUCUGGAAGAAAACCAACAACUUUCUGGUUCUGGUUGAAAAUGGAACCAAGGAAGGCCAUCAGAUGCUCAUGGAGGCCCGAGAUGUCGUUUUGAAGGCGAGUCACCUUUUUCCAGUUAAUGGCCUGCUUAAAAGGGAAAAAGUUGCAAAAUGGCACUGGAUAAGUUGUUAUGGAGAAGUGUGGGGGCCACCAGUUUUACUGACUGAGGCUUUUUCAUUUUGUUCUCAGGACGCAGAUAAAGCAAACCAAGCAGCUCAUGUUUUUGCUCCGUGCCCACAUCACUUGCCCUGUCCGCGCAUGUUACUGGAUAGUCCUUUGCCAUGCAACUUCCUCCAGCAGUAUCAACCCCUGCCUUUCUGCUGGAAUCCUCCACAGAAAACCGAGAGAUUUUCUUUCUUGAUCCUGUGCCGAGGAUCAGAGAAGUUGAUGGAUCCCUGGCCCCGAAUCACCCAACCUGUCCUUUGCCGCAAACGCCACGUCCAUGUGCACCUCUGUUGUGCUGAUGGCACCCUCCAACAUGCUGUUGUGACAUCAAAGAAACAUAGCAGGGAUCUCUAUCGAUGUGCCCGGAGCAGUCAUUGUGGAGAUCAGCUUCCUAUUUUGACUCCAGAUAGCAAAUCCAUUUUGGAGGACAAAUCGUCCCUGGAAGGCCAGAUAAACAAUACUCAAAAAGUUAAUACUGCUCGUUCCCAGGAUCUGAAUUGAUGAGGUCCCUUCCAGUAUACCUCUGUGCUUCCUUUCGGUAUCCAGACAGGAUGUCUGCUGGUCUCCAGAAUCUGAAUUCCUUAUACUAUUUGGAACCAUAGACCCAAGUUUUUUUAGGUCUUCUGCUUGGCCAUGCCUAUAUAAUCAAGAAGAUCAAAUUGUGGUAUGCCUCAAUCCAUUUUCCAUGGAUUAUGCUGAUUUUCUUGGAGCAACUUCAGCCCCCGUCAGAUGCAUUGGAUUUAAUUCAGCUUUUUUCCCUCUCUUGGAUGUCAUAGCAAGCCAAGUCGGGCCUCCAGAGAUUUGAUUAGUUGUGAUCGUGGCGGGCAGGCUCAUUCCGCUGAACGUGCUCUGAGACACACACCAAGACAAACUCUGUGGUCUCCUCCUUCAGCCUUGAGCCCUACAAAGAAUUUGGAUUACAGAUUCCAUCUCUAGUCCUUGGCUAUGAAAGCUAGUUGGGACUGAUUAAGGCCUGAAGGACAUGUGGGUGGCAGAGGCUACGCGGCAUAUAUCUCUUUCUGGACUGUUCCAUUUGGUUUGGAGGUGGAAUAUUUACAUCUUCUCUUCCUUUAAAACAUCAUCUAGUACAAACUAGAAGGUUAGCCCAAGGUGAUGAACAUUAGAUUAGAAACAGUUUCACAUAUGAAAGGAGUGUGUCACACAAGAAAUAAAUACAGUAAGUCAGCACUCCCACACCCCACCCUGAGAAAUAGUAGAAGCUAGAAUUAUAUGUAUCAGCAUAGUAUUUCUCUGUUCUGGCACUGGGUGUACUGAAACUCACAACUAUCUCUCCUAACCAAUCUGGGGUUACAUGGAAAGCCGGAUGAGCAGUUUCAAAAGCUUGGGUUGUCCUGGUUGUUGCUCCCUUGCUCUUCCUUCCUGUCUGAUUGGUUGAAGAGGAGGACAAGUGCUCCCCAACUUGUUGGUUUGUUUUUUUUCCAGCGGGAGGCUCAGGAGUGCGCAUUCCAAUAAAGUGGGCUUGGAGAGCCUGAGUGAAGAGGGAGUGGGAGGACAGCUUUGGUUUCAAGUGGAUGCAAAAGGGUGUGUGCUUAUGACCACUUUGAUCUCAGCUCUGGAAAAGAUGUUGAGUAGGUUGAAGUUAGGAAAUUGGAGAACAAUCAACAUAGGAGGGAUCCUGGGAUUAGCAGGUUUGGGAUUGGUUGCUGAGGGAGAAAAAUUUGGGCACUUAAUAGUUUCAUUGUUCUUUAAAUAAGCUCUCUUGCACACAUGCAAGAGGCCUCUUUGGGUAACAGCGGUGGUAUUCAAGAAGUUGUGGAUAUUUUGCUGCCACUGCUGCUUGUUCUGCCUAGCUGGUUGAAUCUUUCUGUCCCAAAUGGAGGUGGCGCCCUUGGCUUCUAAGGACACCCCUGCUGCUUCCAGAGUGCAUCAGAAAUCCUACCUGUGUUUCUGCAAUGAGUGAAAAGCCCCACAAAUUUCAGCAGGCUUUGUCAUGGAAUCCUGGGCUCACAGCCCAAUCCCAUGAACCUGGGUGAACUUUAGGUUGGGCCACCGACAUGCUUUGUUCAACCGUUUCUUCUCCCCUGCCCUCCAAAUUAUCUCCAAGCCACAGAGAUCACGUUAAAGAAGACUUUAUCAUCCAAAUCUCUAGUGCCCCCUGCCUGAGUCUGAUUCCCAUCCAUUGUUUCUGAAGUCCAAAUCUGGUGCCCCAUGCUUUCUGGCACUUUGAUUUGCAUGCCAACGGGGGGAAACUGGAGGACCAGCUUCCUAAUCAGAAAGGAUAUGGGUUCUGCUCAAUGAUGCGGGUAGUUGUGUAGUGUGUCCAGCUGUUGCUCUGUGAUACCAAUGUUGUUAAAAGGCCUGCUGAAAUCAGUGGGUUGACUUUAGUUUCUGUUGUUGAGAAUGAAUCAUGCUGGCUGGGAAUUCUGGGGGUUGAAGUCCACACAACUUACAGUUGCCGAGUUUGAAAAACACUGGUCUAGGGAGCAUUUGAUGCUGUUGUAGAACAUAAAAACAGCUUGGCUGGAUCAUGCUGGAGACCUAUCUCAUCCAAUGUUCCAGUUGGCUUUUGAGUGUGUAUCCGGAGACCUAUUUCAAGUCCUUGAUGGCAUAGGACAAAAAAAAAAAAGGCUGAACUAAGAUAAAAACUAUAGUUUGGUUUAAAUUAGCUGUAGCUUUAAUUAAAACUAACUGACAUGGAUUAAAUGAAGCUAACAUUAGCCUCUUUUUCUUUUACAUCCCUUCGGUCACAAAAUUUACCAUUUUUUUUUAUAGCAGUUGAAGGGCUUUGAUGGGUCAUUUAACUGGAGUCUCCCCCAUCGCCGUCCCCCAGUGCACUCCUGGGAUACAAUACCAAUUUCAGUAAUUUCAUUUGCUUUUCUAAAAUCCUUCUGCUCCUCUCCCUUAAAUAGGCGUUUUUAGCAAAUGGAAGCAAACUGCUGUCCAGUUGCUUAUUUAGAAGUGCAUCUAUCAAGUCCAAAGAAGCAAGUGUUUUUCACCCCUUUUCAUCAGCUAGAAUAGCACGCAACAGCCAUCAAACAGAAAAGAAAGAACAUCCACCGUUCACAUGUCCAGCAGUAUCUUGACGCCAAUUAAUUAACUAUUAAAAUUCUGCUAACAGGUUGCUGACUUCGAUAAAUGCUGAAACUUAUCAGCUGCUGUGUUGUAGCAUAGACAUUAGUCUGAAAGUUGGCCACUGGACUGGAACUGUAUGGAUUUGAUUGGAGGAGAGGCAAAGUACGUACCAUUUAACUGCCUUGCCCGGUCGGCUCAUUAAAAUGUGAAUGAUAAAGUUAGAGUAAAUACCUUCAUAAAAGGGAUAGUAAAAAAAUAUCCUGACUUUUCAGUCUCCAGGGUCAGAGGACAGUUAAGUUAAAGGACGAUUUUUGAUAUCUGUCCAUCAUGACCCUGAAGACAAGGAAUUCAGCUGGGUCCUAAAAGACCUCUGUAUGUCGACGCUCAGUAGGGCCCUGGGAAUCAGCCCUGACUUAAGAGUGAAGAGGGUAUGAUUUGAUAUUUUUUAAAAGUCCAUAAAUUAUUAAGGGGAAGCUUUAAGACACCCACUGCUCCUGCUGCUGCUUUUUCCGGGGGAAGGGGAAGAACCCAGCUAAUUUUCAGUUGGAUCCCUAAGGGUGAAUUUUUUUAUUCCUUCCCCACCUACACCCUUUCCAGGAGAGAGAGCAGAAAGGAGGAAAGGACGACACAGCAGACUCCUAUUUGUCUAUCGGUGAACCUACACAAUCUGGUUGAGCCAAUGCAGAAUUACUGAAACAAAACAAAACAGCCAGUUUUCUGGAACGUCAGGAUACUGGCAUGACAUGGCUGAAGAAUGAUCCUAGACUACGCCUUGUGCAGGGGUGUGCUAUGCUGUCCAUCUUGGAAAGCAUUGCCCCCCCCCCCCAACAAUUGGUAGGAUUGUUUUGUUGUGGUUUUUCUGGCAAUACUUGGCAAAAGCAGAUGGCCCAGUGAGAUACUGCACCAGAUGGGGGCAAGCCACAGAGGAGCUGGUACAGGGAAGGUUGCAUUCAUAGGCCUGCUACCUGCCCUUGUGUUUCCAGCUGUAAAAUUUGAGCAAGUCCAUCUUCAGCGUUGACAUGGGGCCCAUUCACUCAUGGUCAGCUGCCCCAAGAAUUCAGAAGGUAAAUCGGAGCCUGUAUUUUGUAAGCUGAGUUGAGCUCCGUUGUGUUGGCAGAUCCAGCCCCAAAGUGUUAAUAUUCCUAAGUAAGGUACCUCUGAUACAUUAUGUUUCCCUCUGGAUCAUGUCAUUGAUGUCAUUGAUCAUGUCUGACUGGUCCCCCAAAAGGUGUCUUUUGUCCCAAGCACGGUGACUGGGUUUGCACGUUGUACUAAGCCACAGUUUGAUUAACCAUAGAUUGAAUAAACCAUAAUUGGAUUGGUUUUCACAAUAUGCUCAGCCAUAAAUGA